UGAAAUUUCAUAAGGAUGUAAACUAUCAUAAUCUUAAUAAAAAGUUUAACCAAAAAAAAAACCCAAAAACUUUCUCUUGUAGAAACCUGUCUCUUCCUUGCUUCCACCUCCUGACCUCCAGCUUACAAAGCCUCAUUCAUCUAAAACUACUCAGUUCCUGGUUGUCCCUUCCACUCUAGCUCCUGCCAUCAUCCUGGGAAAAUUCAUCUCCACCUCCAAAAUCUCAAAAAUUUCUGACAUCUAAGUGAAUAAAUGAAUGAAUCUCUAAUUCAGACGUCCCAUUCUCUGACCACAGCAUCCCAUCCUUCCGGCUUGUUUGCUCCAUCAUUCCUAUCUGCCUUAGUCUGCCCAGGCUGCAAUUAAGAAAGUACCACAGACUGGGUGGCUUAAAAGCAGAAAUUUGUUUUCUCACAGUUCUGGAGGCUGGAAGUCCAAGAUCAAGUUGCCAGCAGGGUCAGGUUCCGGGGAGGGCCUCUUUCUGCCUUGCCGAUGGCUGCCUUCUUGCUGUGUCCUCACAUGGCCUUUCCUUGGCAUGCAUGUGGAGGGAGAAAGAUCUCUCUCUCUUAUAAGACCUCUAAUUCCAUCAUGAGGGCUCCACCCUCAUGACCUAAUCUAACCCAAAUUACCUCCCAAAGACCCAUCUCCAAAUAUCAUCACAUUGGGAGUCAGGGCUUCAAUAUAUCAAUCUGGGGGGACACAAACAUCAGUCCAUAUACCAUCCUUAGCCUCAUUAGGCCUUAUGGUCUGUCAACCUUACUACUUUCUCCCCAGCUCUGUCUUCUCAGAUUAGAGGAUGUAAGCCAUCAUUUUAAUUUCUAUUGAGAGAGAGAGCAUUUCUUUCUCUUGCCAACACCCUCCACUUUACCCCUUUCACCCUUUGAUUGUAUUCAACUAGCAAAACAGUAGCAGCGAAUGAGCCUGAUUGUCGGUCUUCUCUCUCCCUGUACCCUAGACUGCUGGUCACUGCUUGAGAGUCGCAUGCCCAGGAAACCUGUACUGUGAAUUCGCAGUCGCCAGCCUCAAACUGGGUCUUUCACAGCACCCAGCACUCCUACCAGCUUUUGCUACUCAGCUUAUUUUCCAACUCUCACCAGUGGCUAUUUCUAACCUCCACUCUGCAUUCCUCCCUUCCUCCUACCUCCUAACAGAUCACUUCUCCUCCGUUUGGAGAAAGGAGAAGCCAUCAUAUGGCAGCUCCCCAAAACUUCUACCACCAAAUCUUUAACCUACACCCUCUCCUCCCCUUCAGCGAAACAAGUGUCCUGCACAGAGAUGGUAGAUGGAAGCCGCCAGCAGAUGGUAGAUGGAAGGCUAGUCCCUUAGCUCUGCUCCACCUCUGCCCCCAGAUCUGGGAGCAGCUGAAGGUAGGGUCUGCUCUUUGUCUGAUGUCUCCUCUCCAUCCCCCCCACCUCAGGAGUGGAGACUGGGGAUGGGCAAGUUGUAUCUGGAAGGGUGGGAGAAUUUCCCUCAGUGGAGGUGAGGCCCUUACGGGGAGCACAGGUGCUCCAGGUGCUGGGGAGAGUCUGCACAAAGGCCCAGGGCUGGCUCACGGGGAGAUUUCCCCAAUCUGCCUUGCCCCAUUCUGUCCCUAGUGUCUGUAGCCAGUUGUGCCCCUGGAGUAGAAUGCUGCUCCUACCCCAUCAUGAGGACCUCCCUGCCCCAUUGUGACACUACUACCCGGCCACCAAUGGAACCCAAGAGUUCUGCUUCCAAGAGUCUGGCUGGGCCUGGAUUGUGGUCAGGUGUGGACAGGAGCCUGCCGGGGCCCAUUCGGCUGUGGGGAGUCUGUGGAAGGAGCAGGCUGCCCUCACAGGAAGCGUGAGUUCUCAGAUGGCAAGGGAAAGCAACUUCAAGGUAGAGCUCCAAACUCAGCCUUCUUCCAAGAUCUUGAACCAGCAUGAGACAGCACCACGUCACAAUUCCUGGUCUCUGAACAUGCUGUUACGCAGAUUGAGAGCCACAGAAGGCAAGAAGGAUGACAAGUUUUCCAACAUCCUGGAUGCAGUGGGGGAGUUUGGUACAUUCCAGCGGAGGCUGGUGGCCCUCACCUUCAUCCCCAAUGUCCUGUCGGCCGUAUUCAUGUUUGCUGACCUCUUCAUGUUCACAGCCCAGAAGCCCUAUUGCAAUGCCAGCUGGAUACUGGCAGUGGGCCCCAACCUGUCAGAGGCUGAGCAGUUGAAUCUGACCCUGCCCCGAGCACCCAAUGGCAGUUUCCUUACAUGCCUCAUGUACUUGCCUGUGGCCUGGGAUCUGGCUUCUAUAAUCCAAUAUGGCCUCAACCACACAGAGUCAUGCCAUGAUGGGUGGAUCUAUCCUGAGACCAAGCAGCGAUCACUGAUCAAUGAGUUUGACUUGGUGUGUGGCAAAGAAACAAGCACAGAGACCGUGCAGACCAUGUUCAUGGCGGGCCUCCUAAUAGGAUCUCUCAUCUUUGGCUUCAUAAGUGACAGGCUGGGCCGAUACCCCACCAUCCUGCUGUCACUGCUGGGGCUGAUCGUCUUCGGCUUCGGGACAGCUUUUGUCAACAGCUUUCAUCAGUAUCUGUUCUUCCGAUUCGCCGUGUCCCAGGCGUUGGUGGGCUACUCCAUCAGCAGCACGUCUUUAGCCACUGAGUGGCUAGUGGGUGACCACCGGGCCCAUGCCAUCAUCCUGGAACACUGCUUUUUCGCUGUGGGUGUCAUGUUCCUGACCGGGCUUGCCUACAGCCUUCCCCACUGGCGGAUGCUGUUUCUGUUGGGCGGGGCACCUGUAUUCUCCUUCAUCUUCUAUAUCUGGAUUCUCCCGGAGUCCCCCCGGUGGCUGAUGAUGAAAGGGAAGGUGGAGGAGGCCAAGCAGGUGCUGUGUUAUGCAGCUGGUGUGAACAAGAAGACCAUCCCCUUAAGUCUGCUGGACAAGCUGCAGCUGCCUGGAAAGAAGAUGGAUAAGGCCUCUGUCCUGGACUUCUAUAACAAUAGGCACCUCCGCAAGGUGACCUUGGUGAUGGGCUGUGUGUGGUUUACUGUCGGUUACAGCUAUUUUACACUGAGCUUCAAGUUGAAGGAUUUUGGUGUGAACAUCUACUUCCGACAGGUGAUCCCUAGCAUCAUGGAGGUGCCCGCCCGGCUGUGCUGCAUUUUUCUCCUGGAACAGAUGGGGAGGAAGUGGAGCCUGAUUGCCACUCUCUUCCAAGGCACCAUGAUGUGCCUGCUCAUCCUUAUCAUCCCCUCAGAAUUGAAAUCCGCGUUGGUCUUGAUGGUCGUGUUCGGAGAGUUCAGCAUGGCUGCCUCGGUCACCGUGUUCUUCAUCUACACUGCCGAGCUCCUGCCCACUGUCCUCAGGGCCACAGGUCUGGGGCUGGUGUCCCUGGCCUGGGCGGCUGGAGCCAUCUCGUCCCUGGUGCUCAUCAGCCAGAGCCUCACUCUCCUACCCGUCUUUCUCUGCCUCACCUCAGCCAUCUUGGCCCUGUCCCUCUGCUCCCUGCUGCCGGAAACACAAGAUCAGCCCCUCUCUGAUAGCCUGGAGAGCUAUCCCCUGCAGUUCAGGAACACAGGCGAGGAUACAAUGUCUGACGAUACAUUAUAUGAUGAUGCGGCUGAGGAAGUGGUGAAGAACACCAUUCUCAAUGCCUCGGUGAUGAAAUUGGACACAGACAUCCUCCCCUCCUCAUCACAGCCCACAGAAGCAGACAGAAAGGAUGACUGAGGGCUAGGCCCCCAGAUGAUCUCGGGUUGGAGUUGAGUGACUGGGUAUGGGGCCAUGGAUUCCAGGCCACAAGUUCUGGGCCCAGUCCAGCUUGGCAGGCAGGGUGGGUCCUGCUUGAGGCCAGCCCUUGAGAUCCAAAAAUGGCCCCUUCUUGGGGAGCCUCGGUGUAAUUCAUUCCAAUAAAGGUACCAUAUUGGACUUGAGAUGGCUAGGUCAAAAUUGGUUGUGUCUGGAGAACCCAGAGACCCAGGCCUGGAGGAUCGUGGGUCAGACAGGCUCCCUAGAGUCUUUAAUGUCCUUGGCUAACCCUCAGGGACAGCGAGGAGCUCUCUGGAUGGGGUGUGGGGGUGGGCCAUGUCCCCGAGGGCCAGGAGGUGGUGAAGGCAGGACUGCACCUUCCCACUGCGCACAUCCUUUAGCUCAGGCAUCUGCUAGUGUGAUUGGACUUCCAGCUCAAGUGCAGGCUGAGGACAGAUUUCACAGAUCCACAAUGGGCACCUGUCAAGGCAGGGGUGGAAUGUAAAGGAAUAAUGAGAAUGUCUCCCAUUUGUACUGUUGCACAGGGCUUUCUCACUUGGUUUCCCCUUUGAUGCUCCCAAGUAAGCCUGGCUUUGGGGAUUACCCAUCUCACCCUCAUCCUUGGGGGUGCCUUCCCUGAUGGCUCCAGCCUGGCUGACCUUCACCACCCUGAGGAUAACUUCCAAACCCCAGCUCACAGUCCCAAAUGCCCUGAGGGUGAGUCUGCCCUUCCCAGCCAGCGUGGGAGCUUCCCCAGGCAGGGGCCAGGACUCCUCAUCCAUUAGCCAGACCUGGACACCUUUGGGUCAGGCCCCACCUCCUCUCUCCCUGGGACAGGAGUUGCUGAGGGCAGGGGCUGGCUCUUCUCCUCUCUGCUCAGUUUAUUGGAAGAUCAUCAACUUGCAGGGAAGAGCGAACUCUCUGGAGCUUCUGAGAGAAGGGCAGAAAAGAAUGUCCGGGUUCACAAAGCAAGGGCAGCGAGGCCCUGGUUCUCCCAAGCAGGGGUGGAGUGUGGUGCAGCAGAGUGGCUUCUGGCCCCCUGGUCCCAGCACACUGCUUUGGGUGUGCACUUCAAGCUUUGGGACAGAAAGAAACUGGUGCCUGAAACUCCCCCUUUGAGUGUCAUUUUCUGGUCCCUCUGUUCCUUACCAAGUUUCCCAGGACUGCCUCCAAAGUGGGAUUUGAAGGGCCCAGAAAAAGAAGUCUUGCAAACUAUCUGCUCACAAGAUGACAGGAUGCUUAAAAGGCCUUCCCCGUCUUUUCUGGGGGACACCUAUCUGCGAGCUGUGAUGGCCAAUGUAUUAGCCACGGUUAAACACGUCACCUCAAAUUACUCUGCUAGAAGGAUUCAGCUGGUGCUUCAAGGAACAGGAGGAGGAGAAGGGUCAGGACAGAAAACCGAUGGGGCAGUGUUGGUAUGAAGGAGCUGGUGGUGGGAGGAUGUGGCUGUCAGCAAGACCCAGUGCACGCGUACAUGGCUUAGACAUUCCCUAGGUGGCCAAGAUUUGUCAGUCAGUUCCAGAUAGGACCUCCCUGGUUUGUCUAUCUAAUCGAUGGCUAAUAUUGCCUAGAGUUUGACAUUAUAUAUUUUAACAAACUAGACCUAUGCUGUCCCAUACAAUAGCCACCAGCCAGAUUUGGCUAUUGAGGGCUUGAAAUGUGGACAGUUGGAAUUGAGAUGUGCGGUGAGUGUAAAAGACACACUGGAUUUCAAAGACUUAGUACAGAAACAAA